AUGUCUGCCCCCCAAGCCCCCCAAGUCCCCCCCGCCCCCAUCGCCGCCCCCGUCCCCUCCGAGGACCAGGUCGCCAGGAAGUUCGACAACUGCGUUGCCGAUCUUCUCGUCAACGCUGGUCUCGGCUUUGGCGUUGGUGUCGUCGCUUCUGUCCUUCUUUUCCGACGACGAGGAUGGCCCGUUGCUCUUUCCACUGGCUUCGGUGCUGGUGUCGCUUACUCAAAUUGCAACUACUCUCUCAACCCCUACGUCCUCCCCGGCACCAAGGUCCUGCCCUCCCUCCCCUCCAACCGAUCCUAAGUAUGCGGACGACAUAUUGAAGCUUCAAUCUGAUGCAACAUGUUUGGAGCACAAAGAACAUCUGUAAGAGCUCUGGGAUUGAAGCAAAGAAGCGUGCUAGCAAAAU